UAAACAUUCCUGGGAAUGCUUUCGUCGGUAUCGCCACUGCAUUCCAAAGGCUUCUGGAAUCGAGUAAAGGCUCCUCUUCUGCCUCUGAGAUCGAGAGUAAGCGCCUUUUUCGUCAACAUAUCUCCUCCACGAAUGACUCCUUGGACUUCAUUUUCAUCUGAUCUGCCUCAGAUCCGCCUUGCUGUCAUCGUUUGUUCGUCUCAGAUCUACGUUGCCAAGGUCUUCCAGCCACCGUUGCUGCUCUUGUCGCAACACCACACCUCUGCCGCUUGUACCGCCGCCGUUCUUACGCGUAGACGCACAAGAUUAUUGCUGCUGCAUUUGGCCAACAACUUUCUGAUUGGACAUGGCGGAUUUUCUGACCUCUACCCACAGUGCCAAGUGGAUCUUCACUCCUCGACAGUUGGUCCCCAUGAUGUUAAAAUUAGAAUCAAAGCUAUUGGUAUUUGUGGAAGUGAUGUUCAUUACGAUAAGGUAAGAGCCUGAAAGUUCUUAUUAUCACUAAUUAUUAGUACUCUAGCGUUUGCUUAAUUCUGUUCUUUGAACACUACUAAACUUUGUUGCUAGACUAUGAGAAACCUAUGGUACUAGGGCAUGAAUGUGCUGUAAUCAUUCAAGAACUUGGCACUCAAGUUCAAUCUCUUGCAGUAGGGGACAUGGUAGCCUUAGAGCCUGGAAUCAGUUGCCAAACAUACCCAUAUAUGAGAAGAUAUUCAUAAAUCAAAGUUAUUUUUUGGAUACAAAUUUGAUACAUGAGAAGAUUUGUAAUUAAAAGAAGCAACACAGUCGAAGUUGGAGGCAGUAAGAAAAAUAGAAGGCAAUAAAGAGGCAGCAAAAAUGAAAAGAAAGUCAAAGUUGCAAUAAAAUAUAAUGAGUGAGUGAAAGACACGUGGAUCAAAAAAAUAUGAAGAAAGUUGGUAUCUCAAAGGUUAAGGCUCUUACCAAGUCUACAUAGAAAUCAAAUUUAAUGCAGAGAUGAGAAUGAGUAAUGAUGACAAAAGCCACCGCGCUUUUGCAUAUUAUAUAUAUUGCUCAAUCAAUAUAACAGUGCAAAAUAGAUUACAAAAAAUAAAUAAAUAGAGGAAUAAAAACUAUAAGAACUUGGCACUCAAGUUCAAUCUAUUGAAUGUUCCAUUAUGUUUUCAGGUGGUGCAUGAUCCGUGAGCAUCUAUUCUGUUUUUUUCUAGUGAAUUUGUACUUGAAUUACUAAGUUUAAUCAAGAUUUAAUAUAUUUUAGCCAUUUUGAAUGCUACUUUGAGUCGUGUGCAAUUUUACUUAUUUCAAGUAACAUUUUGGAUGAAUUUUGCAAAGUUUAAGCCAAGACUAGAGAAUGGAAAAAACGAAGAAUUGAUGUUGUCCACUCCACGCUGAACUUGGAAUCAACGUGGAGCACUAACCCUCCAUCCAGUCAAUUCGGCCUUGUCCACGCUGAACUUGGAAUUUUCUAAGUUCAGCGUGGAAUCCACGCACUAAAGGAGAACCAUGUACUAUCCCACGCUGAACUUGGAAUUUUCCAAGUUCAGCGUGGAUUCAAAGGAAAAGCGUGAAUCAAUACUGCCUCCUCCACGCUGAACUUGAGGUUUCCCAAGUUCAGCGUGGACCCUCAACACGCAUGUGGUCCCCAGGCUUUCAUACAAAGCUGCGCAUGAAGACAAAUUUAUUCUGAUUGAAUUUGUAUUUUAUUUUAAAAUAGGAAAAGAUAUUAUUUUAGUUUUAGAAAAAUAAUUUACAUUAAUUAGGAUUAGAUAUAAAAAGGGAAAAGAAUCAGUCCUUCGGGGUUCUUCUUCUCUCUUAGACCUCAUUCCAAAAUUUACAAUUUUUCAAAAUCCUAAUUUUCUCUCUG